AGAACAGCGACCAUAACGAUGCCUAAGAUUCGGACAACAAGAACGAAGAAACCACCAGAAGGCUACGAGGAAAUUGAAGGUAUCCUCGAUGACUAUGCGAAGAAGAUGCGCGAUGCUGAGAACGAGUCUCAUGAGGGAAAGCGCAAGGCUGAAUCACUGUGGCCUAUUAUGAGGAUAUCGCACACUCGUUCAAGAUACAUAUAUGAACUGUACUACAAGCGUGAGGCCAUAAGCAGAGAACUCUAUGAUUGGCUUCUGAAGGAAGGGUACGCCGAUGGCAAUUUGAUUGCCAAAUGGAAAAAGCCUGGAUAUGAGAAGCUUUGUUGUCUGAGAUGUAUACAGACUAGGGAUAUGAACUACCAGGGUUCUACAUGCAUCUGCCGUGUGCCCAAAGCACAGCUUCGUGCAGGUACUGUUGUUGAAUGUGUUCACUGCGGUUGUCGGGGCUGCAGUUCAGAUUCUUGAUAAAUACUGGGCACACACCUGCUCUGUGUUCUUUUUACCUCCGUGUGCUAUACUGUACUAUUGUAAUGUGCUUAGUUCAUCUCAAUACCAUCAGGUUCUUUCUCU